AUGCAAAAAGAAUUUCGGUCAUAUUGUAAUCAUACUCAUCCGCAUGCACCAAAUUGUCCUGUUUUGGACCAAAUUUCAUUAGCAGAUGAUGAAUUAGUUUUAGCUGCUCCACAGGACAGUUUGGAAUUUGAUUAUGACCCAGAUCAUGAAUUAUGCACAUGUGAAUUUCGACCAUACAAAGACCCUCACAAUCCGAACGCUUAG